GUUGCAGUUAUAGCCAUAAGAGUUGCACUCGGUCACUCCGUGCUAUAUCAAUUUCAGCUUAACUGCAAUCCCCCCACUCUAUACUACACUCUUUUAAAUUACUCGACGUGGCCUUACAAUGCGCGCGCAGCACACCACUCACCCGCUUCCCGCAUUUCCAGUGUAUUCAUGCGCGUUCGUUGCCUCCGACCAAAUAGUUGUGGGAGGCGGAGGUGGUGCUGCCAAGACUGGAAUUAAGAACAAAUUGAGGUUAUUCAAUGUCUCCCAAGACAGACAGCUUGAAAUGUUAUGUGAGCAUGAGCUGGAGAAAGGCGAGGACGCCCCUAUGAGCAUUGCAGCUCAUCCAGAGAGCAGAAGCUUUGCCUGUGGAAUUAACAGCUCCGAAGAACGCUUGGAGAAGGGAGAAAAUGAGAACUGCAGGGUGUUUUCAAUUAGUAACUCUGGAAAUGCCCUAACAAAGGGAGCUACGCGAGGUACCUUGCCCUCAGGAGCUCUCGAGGACUACCAGCGCGUGACCGUCCUAUCACCGGACGGAAACCUCCUGGCAGUGACCGGCGAACGUGAUUUAUCUCUUCUCGCGUACCCUUCUCUUUCUCCUGUGGCCCAGCCAGUCCAAGUACCCAAAGGCGAAAUUUACGAUGUGACAUUCUCAUCGACACACCUUGUUCUAGCUACCAGUCUCAACCUGUUAGUAUAUGCACUUCCAAAGCCGCCUUUGGAAGAUAGUGAGAAAUCGCCCAAGAAGAGAAAGGGGAAGCAGAAAGGUAAAGGCAAGGAGAAGGAAGCACCUUCUAGGACGCCGAGUCAGACCCCUGAACUGCGACUUGUGGAUACGAUCGACAUUCCGUCAGUUCCUGGCGCUCCUGCACAGUCCGUUGUAACAUUCCGCGCAGCGCGCUUUCACCCCUCAGACUACAACACACUGUAUACGGCUGUCAAUACUGUCGCGCCUCGGGCGAAGAAAUCAAAGACAGCCAAAAAGCAGGCUUACAUACUGAAAUGGAAAGUCAGCCUCAGUGAGGAGAAUGAUUCCUCUUGGUCUAUUUCAGUGGAGGGCGCCCGCAAAGCAGGUGAAGGUGGCUUGACGUGUUUUGACAUUAGCCCCAAUGGGAAGUUCCUUGCUUUCGGUUCAUCAGAUUACUCGUUGGGAAUGUUGGACAGCAUCACUCUCAGCCACACGAAGUUCCCCAUCACCACUGUUCGCUUUAGCCCUACUUCAACGAUGCUUGUAUCCGGUGGUGUCGACAACUCGAUACGGAUCGUUACUGUGCCGGAGAAGUUUGCUGGCCAACCAUGGACUCUAAUCAUUAUGAUUAUUUUGGCCCUUUUGUUGCACAAGUAGGCGCCAUCGGGACGUUAAAUACGGCAGUCAGUCUGCAGACUUUGUGCUGGAAUUUAUCCAGUAAAUUAUGGCUCA